AUAAGGUGUCAGGAUGUCACUGUUUAUUUCUCCAUGGAGGAGUGGGAGUAUAUAGAAGGACACAAGGAUCUGUACAAGGAGGCCAUGAUGGAGGAGCACCAGCCUCUGAUAUCACAAGAGAAUUCCAGAAAACAUUUUAAAGGAAACUUGAUGUUACAACCAAAUUAUAAAGUAGAACGUGAAGAUAUCAUGCAGCGCUCUUCAGGAGGCAACUUUAUUGUACAUUCAGGACUUCCUAAUACAGAUCUAUCACAUAAUCGCCCUAAUCGUGAGGAACCAUCUCUUAACCAAUCACAGAUUGUUACUAAAAGUACAGGUCAGAAAGGGGGUAAAAGGUUUAAGUGUGGUAAAGAGUUUACAAAGAGAUCAAGUGUUUCUGCACAUAGAAGAAUUCACACAGUGGAGAAGCAAUAUUCAUGUUCACAAUGUAAGAAAUAUUUUACAGAUAAAUCAAGUCUUGUUAAACAUGACAGAUGUCAUAGAGGAGAGAAGCCAUAUUCAUGUUCAGAAUGUGGGAAAUGUUAUACAAAUAAAUUCUAUCUUGUUAUACAUCAAAGAAUUCACACAGGAGAGAAGCCAUAUUCAUGUUCAGAAUGUGGGAAAUGCUUUACAGCAGAAUCAAGUCUUGCUGGACAUAAGAAAAUUCACACAGGAGAUAAACCGUAUUCAUGUUCAGAAUGUGGGAAAUGUUUUACAAAUAAAUCAAAUCUUGUUAGACAUGAGAGAAGUCACACAGGAGAGAAACCAUAUCCAUGUUCAGAAUGUGGGAAAUGCUUUAUAGAUAAAUCACGUCUUGUUCAACAUAAGAGAAUUCACACUGGAGAAAAGCCAUAUUCAUGUUCAGAAUGUGGUAAACGUUUUAAACAAAGAUCACAACUUGUUUACCAUGAAAAACGUCAUACAGGAGAGAAGCCAUAUUCUUGUUCAGAAUGUGGGAAAGCUUUUCUACAGAAAUCACAUCUAGUUAGACAUGAGAGAAUUCACACAGGAGAGAAGCCAUAUUCAUGUUUAGAAUGUGGGAAAUGUUAUACAGAUAAAUCACAUCUUGUUUUACAUCAGAGGCUUCACACAGGAGAAAAGCUAUAUUCAUGUUCAGAAUGUGGAAAAUGUUUUGCACAAAAAUCAGAACUUGCUUCCCAUAAAAGACGUCAUACAGGAGAGAAGCCAUAUUCAUGUUCAGAAUGUAGGAAAUGUUUUGUAGAUAAAUCACAUCUUGUUAAACAUGAGAAACUUCACACAGGAGAGAAGCCAUAUUCAUGUUUAGAAUGUGGGAAAGACUUUACAGCUAAAUCAAGUCUUGUUGCACAUGAGAGACUUCACACAGGAGAUAAGCCAUAUUCAUGUUCAGAAUGUGAGAAAUGCUUUGCAGAUAAAUCAAGUCUUGUUAAACAUGAAAGAAGUCACACAGGAGAGAAGCCAUACUCAUGUUCAGAGUGUGGGAAAUCUUUUAAACAAACGUCAGCACUUGUUUCCCAUGAGAGAAUUCACACAGGGGAGAAACCAUAUUCAUGUACAGAAUGUGGUAAAUGUUUUGCAGAAAAAUCACUUCUUGUUUCACAUAAGAGAAUUCACACAGGGGAGAAACCAUAUUCAUGUUUAGAAUGCGGGAAAUGCUUUGGUCAUAAAUCAAGUCUUGUUAAACAUGAGAGAAUUCACACAGGAGAGAAGCCAUAUUCAUGUUUAGAAUGUGGGAAAGACUUUACAGCUAAAUCAAGUCUUGUUGCACAUGAGAGACUUCACACAGGAGAUAAGCCAUAUUCAUGUUCAGAAUGUGAGAAAUGCUUUGCAGAUAAAUCAAGUCUUGUUAAACAUGAAAGAAGUCACACAGGAGAGAAGCCAUACUCAUGUUCAGAGUGUGGGAAAUCUUUUAAACAAACGUCAGCACUUGUUUCCCAUGAGAGAAUUCACACAGGGGAGAAACCAUAUUCAUGUACAGAAUGUGGUAAAUGUUUUGCAGAAAAAUCACUUCUUGUUUCACAUAAGAGAAUUCACACAGGGGAGAAACCAUAUUCAUGUUUAGAAUGCGGGAAAUGCUUUGGUCAUAAAUCAAGUCUUGUUAAACAUGAGAGAAUUCACACAGGAGAGAAGCCAUAUUCAUGUUCAGAAUGUGAGAAAUGUUUUACAGAUAAAUCAAGUCUUGUUAAACAUGAGAGAAUUCACACAGGAGAGACGCCAUAUGCAUGCUUAGAAUGUGGGAAUUGUUUUAAACAAAAAUCAGAACUUGUUUCCCAUGAGAUAUGUCACACAGGAGAGAAGCCGUAUUCAUGUUCAGAAUGUGGAAAAUGUUUUGCACAUAAAUCAAAUCUAGUUACACAUGAAAGAAUUCACACCGGAGAGAAGCCGUAUUCAUGUUCAGAAUGUGGGAAAUGUUUUGCAGAUAAAUCAGGUUUUGUUAAACAUGAGAGAGUUCACAAAGGAGAGAAGCCAUAUCCAUGUUCAGAAUGUGAGAAAUGUUUUACUACUAAAGCCAAACUUAAGAAGCAUCAGGCAAGUCACAAAGGAGAGAAGCAGUUUUGAUGUUUGGUAAGGAAUUUAAAUGAUAAAACUCAUUGGAUCAGAAGAAACUAUAUUAUUUUUUGUAAUAACAAUGAAUUCUAACCUAGUUAUUCACAGACUGAUAAAUAACUGGCUACAUGUUAAAGUGUCCAUGCAGACAGCAAGUCUUAGAAUAGUUGCUCAACUUGCUGUCAUUUAGCUAUUUUUAGAGCUGGGAUCUGGCUGCUUUAGGAUAGGUCAUCAAUGGGGCUGGAGUGGACUUCCGGUGGCACUCGUGGGCUAGCGUUAGCAUGGAUCUGGCAGGCUGUUCCCCUGCUAACGUUUAUGUAAUGGUAGUCUUGGAUAUACAAAAUACUAA